AAACUAUGGAAUAAAGAAGCCAUGAGUGAAGUAGCCUCUAUGGUUGGGAUGCCAAUGACUACAGACUUGAUCACCCAAGAAAGGAGCAAUCAUAGGUUUGCUAGAGUGCUUAUUGAAGUGGAUGCGUCGAAACCGCCCAUUCUUUCAUUUCCUAUUCGACUACCCUCACAUAAGGUAAUUAACCAAUCGGUGGUUUAUGAAACUUUUCCAAAUUUUUGUUUUCAUUGCAAAAAAUAUGGGCACAACCCAUUUAUUUGCAAAAAAUUACAUGAAAAGGAGGAAUUGGAAAAAAAAUCUACAUGAGAAGGAGGUGAACACAACAAGUGAUCUUUAUGUGGAUGAAAGUCCUACCUCUGAGCAGAUUUGCAACGAGACCAAGGAGAAGGAAACUGAUGAGUUGGGUGAGUUAGUUGAGCUUAUGGAUACGGUAGUCUGGCCUGAGGGAGCUGC